UUUUUCGUGUCCAUCAAACAGAUCGCAGUCGAUGCUUACGGAGUUCAGUCGCAAUCGCAAUGAAGGUGAUCGCAGCGGUUUUGCUCUGUAUUUUGAUUAACCGCACGGCCGGUACACAGUACCCAGAAUGUCGGAAUCCCAACCAGCGACGUGGAAUGUGUGUGUCCAUUGACUUGUGCGUGCCCCUGUAUUAUGUAUUAUCGAAGAGUGUAAUUACAAACUCUGAGAAUCAGUUCAUCCGAGAGUCCCGUUGCGCAUCAGACCAGAGCGACCCGCCAGUCGUCUGCUGCACUGCGGAUAAGGACUACGACAGGUGGCGUGGUGAAAUACUUCCGAGAGAUGCCAGAUUGCUUCCCGAUCGGUCCAUCUGUGGUGGCGACGUAGUGCACGCGCAGAUCAUAGGUGGCAGGGAAGCUGUCCUCACGGAAUACGCUUGGAUGGCGCUACUAGAGUACCAGCCAGCGAAUGGAUUGCAAUUGAAAACGGUCUGCGCGGGAUCACUGAUCAAUCACCGAUAUGUUCUAACAGCAGCUCACUGCCUUUCGGCAGAUACCAUGUACCGAAACGGCAACCUAGUCUCUGUGAGAUUAGGCGAGCACGACACUAGCACCGCGGUGGAUUGCCAAAAUGGAAUAUGCCUAUCGAGCGUUGUGCACAUCCCGGUCGAGAAGUUCCACAUGCAUGAGAGCUACGGAACCCGUAGGAACUGGUACGACAUUGGUCUGAUCCGCUUGGCGAGAGAUGUUCUCUAUUCGCCCAGCAUUCGACCUGUUUGCUUGCCCUCGACUGUGGGUGUGCGGCAAUGGCAACCCGGCCAGUCGUUUACCGUUGCAGGAUGGGGUGAGACCAACACCAGUUUGAGUAGUCCUGUCAAGUUGAAAGCACAGGUCACCUACGUGGAGCCUGAUAGGUGUGCUCACUUGUACGUCAACUAUACUCCACUGGGCAACUCCCACUUGUGCGCCAGUGGUAGAAGGCAAAGCGACAGCUGCGAAGGUGACUCCGGCGGACCACUAAUGGCAUUUCAAGAGGGCGUCUGGGUCCUUGGGGGCAUUGUGUCCUUUGGCAUUCGUUGCGCCUCUGUCUACUAUCCUGGUGUCUACACAAAUGUUAUUUUCUACGAAAGUUGGAUCCAUGAGACUAUGCGACCAUAAAUCAUAUAAAUCAUAUAUGUUUAAUCACUUCUCUUAUCAAUAAAUGUUGGAAAAUAUUGUUUGCGUUGUACCAACGAUUUUGUUUAA